AUUUCUAUUCUGUUGACGACACUGCUAGGGAUUGGUUAAACACUGAACAGCACCAAGUGGACAUUGGUGGACAUUUAUCGUAAAUAUCACAGCAAAAGCCGUAUUGAAAAAUUGGCUUUACGAGCGGUUUCUAAUCAAUUUGUAAUUUGUUUCUUGAAUCAAUAUGUCUAGAGAGUUGUCGCGAUCAAUUGUAUGAUAUUUUCCAGAAAAUAUGAUACAGCUUCAACAUUUUCUGUAGACGCUGCGUUCAGAAACGAUUAACAGGUUUUAUAAAGUAUAAACAAGAUGUCACGUUAUCAUUCCGAUGGUAAAGUCUAUGUGGGAGAUUUAGGAAGUAAUGCUAGUAAGCAAGAGUUGGAAGAUGCAUUUUCCUAUUAUGGAUCUUUGCGAAAUGUCUGGGUUGCCAGACAUCCUCCUGGAUUUGCUUUUGUGGAAUUUGAAGAUCCUAGAGAUGCUGAGGAUGCAGUAAGAGGGCUGGAUGGUCGUACUAUAUGUGGAAGACGUGCUCGAGUGGAACUAUCAAAUGGAAAGAGAUUAAGAGACAGGGGUUCCAUGAGAAGAGGUGCUGUGAGAUCUUACCAUCCAGAAGACAGAUGUUACGAAUGUGGUGAAAGAGGCCACUAUGCUAGAGACUGUCCGCGUCAUAGGAAUUCUCGUAGAAAGAGGUCCCGCUCGCGAUCAAGAUCGAAAUCGCGAUCUCGUUCACGUUCCCGUUCGAGAUCCCGCAGUAAUCGCUCGCGCUCACGCUCAUCGUCGCGCAGCCGUUCACGCAGCAGGAGCGGCCACGCGAGGGAUAAGUAUCGCAACAAACGGAAGUCCGGUUCCAUAGAUCGCAGUCGAAGCAAGUCGAAAUCUCGGUCGGGCUCCAGAUCACGCAGCAGAUAAACGGUGAAUAUGGUCGAUUGAUGGUCAGUGGAUCUCAUCGACAAUUAGAAAGCUGCGACUAACAGUCCGAUCGAUUGAAGACAGAUCAGUUGGCGCAUAUAAAAGCCACCUGUUUUCUUUUUUUUUUUUUUUGUUAUGCGCGGACGCAUAUAAUACGCCUUACAAUAUAAUAAUGGAUUGUGAUUUCAUGCCGCAAUAAGGGAGCAUGCACAUCACGUAAUAUUUAUUUUCGACUAUGUCGUUUUUUUUCAUUCUCUAAAGCGUUCCGCCGCGAGAUCUGUCAUUGCUUUUUUCAAGAAGCUAAUGUAAUUCGAUGUUCAAUAAAAUAUAGCUUUUCGAACAUGUGUUCGAGAUUGUAUCGUA